UUUUGUUUGGUUAUAAAUAUCCCUUCCUCUUCUACCCUCACCUUUACUCUGUUUCUCUACCACUCCAAAGUAGAAGAAGAUGAUGAUGAUGAACGGAGAAGCUACAGAAGCUGAGCUUUUCCUCAACUGUGCCGACAUGUCUGUCUUAGAGCGCCAAAGGGCUCAACUAAACUACCACCACCUUCCCGGCUUCUUCUCCAAUUCUUCCACGAUCAACGGCGGCGAGAUUGACGACGGCUUUCUAGCGUCGGCCGGUUUGGAUCUUCCGGAGAUUUACGGGGAGGUGCACGGUGAUGCGAGAAUCUCAGUUUCUCCAGGAAAUAUUACAAACGAGUCUGGAAAUUCCAAGAAAAGGAAGUUUGGUUGUGUCGAUACAGAGACUAAGGUUUUUAAUGAGAAGAAGAAGAUGAUGAUGAUGGACAGAGAAGUAGAAGUUGAAGAAGAAGAAGAGAAGUCAAAAAUAACGGAGCAGAGCACUAAAAGCAUCAUGAAGAUGAAGAACAAAGCCAAGAAAGAACAGAACAGUUGUUCUAACGACUCGUCAAAAGUGACGAAAGACUCGCAGAGGACGGAUUAUAUUCACGUUCGUGCACGGAGAGGCCAAGCCACUGAUAGCCACAGCAUUGCUGAACGAGCUAGAAGAGAAAAGAUCAGUGAGAGAAUGAAGUUUCUACAAGAUUUGGUUCCUGGAUGCGAAAAGAUUACAGGCAAAGCAGGGAUGCUUGAUGAGAUCAUUAACUAUGUUCAGUCUCUCCAGCGACAAGUCGAGUUCUUAUCAAUGAAGCUAGCAACUGUUAGUCCAAGGCUGGAUUUCAACAUCGAUGACAUUUUUGCCAAAGAGGUUGUCUCAGCUCCAAUGAUGAACUUACCAAACUCUGUGAUGCCACCUCAUAUGAUGGUGAAUUCCGGUUAUCCUCAUGAUAUGGUUAAUUCCGGUUAUGUUCAUUUCAAUCCAAUGCAGCAAGUGGUUACCAGUUCUGAUCCACUUGCAUGUUUCAACAAUGGUCAAUCUGCUACUAUGUGGGACUCUGAUGUGCAGAAUCUUUAUAGCAGUCUAGGAGUUUGACUAAGAACGAUCCGCAAAUUUAAAUGCGUUCCUUAGUUCUAGACCAUUGUCAGGUUCUCUGGAUACAGGCAGCUUAUUUUUUUUCAAGUGGGAAGAUCAAACUCAUAUUAUUUUCAUCAGAAGAGAAAGUUAGCAGUUAUUUACUAAUUUCAGUAAAUUAACUUAAGAUUCUCAGCCCAGCAUUGUAGUAUCAGAGACAGAUUAUACUGUAUUGUGUGUAUAGAUGCCAAACAAUAAUAUAUAUAUUUCUUAUCAUAAUCU